AUGCUCACGUUCACGCUCGCCCUCUCCCGCAGGCCCCGGCCCCCCCUCCCCCAUUGUCUCGGCACAGAACAAAGCCCCCGGCUCCGUCGCUGCCGCCGCAGUCGGGGAGGCCGACAGACCCCGCGGGUGCGGCCGGACGGGCCGGGCACUGACCUCCGCGCGAUGCGGGCUCCUUUGCCAGGUUCUGGGGCGCCGUCCGGCUGCGGUCAACCCCCGGGGCAGCACCCGCCUUCGCGGGGCCUGGGGCCGCGCAUCGUCCGCCCUGGUUGGCUCGGGCUCACAGUGCCCACGGUGCGGCCCGCCGUCCGUCUGCUCUCGCUCGGCCGUCGGUCGGUCCGUCCGUCUGUCCGCCACCGCCGCAGGGGCGCCGCCUCCUGCACAGCCACCCCGCGGAGGAUGCAAGAUGCGCCGCCGCGGCCCGAGCCCCCUCCCCUCCCUCCCUCCCUCCCUCCGCGCGGUAACCCGAGCCCCCGCCCUCCGCCGAGCCCCCGCCCCCGCCCCCACCCGCGCCGCCGCCGCCGCGGUCCCCGCGCCUCCCGCCCGCCCUCCACCCCUCCACUUCCCGGCCCCAGGCCCCGGCGCCGGAUCCCGCCCCAGAGCCGCGCCGUCCCUUCUCCCUGCCACUAA